GUCGGUCCCGUCCCGUCCCGUCCCUUCCCGUCGGCUGGUCAUGAAGGGGGCACCGUUCAAGGACAACUUCUGGAGUUCAGACUUGCUGAGCACGGCAGGCUAUGAUUGCAUCAUUCAGCACCUGAAUGAUGGCCGGAAGAACUGCAAAGAAUUUGAAGACUUUUUGAAAGAAAGGGCAAUCAUUGAAGAGAAAUACGGCAAGGAUCUGAUCAACCUUUCCAAGAAGAAGCCCUGUGGACAAAGUGAGACCCAUACCCUGAAGAGGGCUCUAGAAGUCUUCAAACUGCAGGUCGACAAUGUGGGGCAAGGUCACAUCCAACUGGCACAAACCCUGAGGGAUGAGGCCAGGAAAAUGGAGGAAUUCAGGGAAAAGCAAAAGAUACAGCGGAAAAAGAUAGAAGUUUUAAUGGACAGCAUGCAUAAACAGAGAAGCCUACAGUUUAAGAAAACCUCGGACGCCAAGAAAACCUAUGAACAGAGGUGCAGAGACAAGGAUGAAGCUGAGCAGGCUGUACAUCGGAAUGCAAACACAGUGACUCCAAAGCAGCAGGAAAAGCUUUUUGUGAAGUUGGCCACAUCAAAGACGGCUGCGGAGGAUUCUGACAAAGCAUACUUACUCCACAUCAAUUUGCUGGAUAAGAUCAGAGAAGAAUGGCAGAGUGAACACAUCAAAGCUUGUGAGUUCUGUGAGGCUCAAGAAAAUGAACGAAUUCAUUUCUUUCGGAAUUCUCUGUGGCUGCACAUGAACCAACUCUCCCAGCAGUGUGUGACCAGCGAUGAGUUGUACGAAGAAGUCCGGAAGAGUUUAGAAAUGUGCAGCAUCGAGAAGGACAUUGAGUAUUUUGUAAAUUGCCGCAAAACCGGGCAAGUUCCACCAGCUCCUGUCACUUAUGAGAAUUACUACAACUCACAGAAAAACAUAACCCCAGGAAAGGCUCAAGGACCCAAUGUGGCAAGAAGAGGACCUCCUCCAGUUCCUUCAAAUCUACCAUGUGAUCCUGAUUACUCUUCGAUUGAUGAAUACAAUGUGAUACAAUAUUAACACCCACAACAGAAGCCUGCAGGCCUAGCGCUCCAUUUGAAGAGAAGGAAUUCUCGAAAGCAGCAGGUUGGUGGCCAUUCUGAAGCCAGUCUCUGUCGGCUCUGAAGAUGUGGGAGUGAACCGUUUUUAUCACUCUUAAUGCUUCAGAUUGAUGGAAGAGAGUCUGCAUUUAAAGAAUCCUUCUUGACUGUAAGCCCGUCGUAAGCAGGGAAGGUGUCCACCUACUCUGUUUUAUUGUACUCUUCCAAGUGCUUAGCACAGUGCUCUGCAUCUAACAAGUACCUCAAUAAAUACCAUUGUUGGAUCGAUAAUCUGCAUUUAACAUGACGGCUCAUUGAAGAAUCUCUCUGGUAAGCUCCUUGUGGGCAAGGAAUGUGUCUACUAACUCUGUUUUAUUUUCCCACGUACCUAGCACAGUGCUCUGUCCACAGUAAGCACUCAGUAAAUGCCAUUCAUUUAUUGAUUUAACCCAAAUAUUCCAGUGAGAAGAUAGUCCUUUUUCCAGACAACUACUGUGAUUUUGGAAGGUUUCCUGGCUACUCUGUAGGAAACAAAAUCUUUCUAUCUUGGGUGAUGGAAAUGUCUGCAGAAUGUUUCAUCUAGUUUAUGUCAAAAGCCGAUCCUUGUUGCCCGAUGGAAUUCUGCUAUAUUCAGUAGGUUGCAUAGUGUGUGAUCUCAAAUGCAGAGAACCUCACCAAGCGACUGAUGCCAGUGAGUCUCAUAAGCUGAUCCAGAUAGGCAGUGCGGCCUAGUGAAACCAGCAAAGGUCUGAAAGUCAAGAGAUCUGGGCUCUAGUCCCUGCUCUGCCACUUGUCUGCUGGAUAUGACCUUGGGCAAAUGACUUAAC